CAUGAGGAAAGGUCAGAUCAUCAACAUUAGCCGGCAGCUGCCCAGAGACGGACCCUUCAGGACCUACGUGGACCUGCAGAACCACUGGACCCGCCUGUACGGAUACAGACUCCCAGAUCUGGCAGAGGACCAGGUGGUCUACUGCAGCGUCUACUUCAGACCUGUGGGGGACAGACUCUUCACAUACCCUCUGAGCUGCAUCCGCCUGCAGCCCGCCCAGCUCUGUCCCCAGGUCCACCAGCAGGGGACGCUGGAGUCCUUCCUGUCUGACACCAGGGACCGGCUGCAGAGUGUGUGUGGGUUCCCCACACUCCUGACCACUGAACCCACUCACCCCACUGUCAGUCUAAACACAGCUGCCACCGUACAG